AUGUUUUUUGAGCUCAUUCCUGAUUUCAAAGUUAAAACCCAUUUCUCCAAUCAUUAUGUAGGGACUAAUGUGAUAUCAAUUGCGUCACAAAUAAAUCAAAGAUUUAACACCAAACUGAUUGCCGUUUAAUGCAAAUUACCUCCCACUCCCAUUCGUAAGUUCUAUUUACUUAUAACUACAAUAUUUACACCAAUUAUAUAGAGUAAGGUUCCCCUUUUUUUUAAAUUACACUGUACAGAUCUAUUCGUUCCGCGCGCAGCUCGCUAUGAACAAAACCAACUUAUUAUCAAGGUUGAAUUUGGUACUUAGUUUGUAUAAAUGGAAGCCGGUUACUGUUGCACACAAAACCGCUCAUGUAUGUAUUACCUAUACAAAUUUGUUACCCACCUGUGGCAAAGGUGCAUACACCUAAUUUUUUCGUUUUGAUACUUCACAAUUUUGUUGAAGCGAUAUAAAAAUAAAAACAGCUUUAUAAGCGGCACACUUAAGUUACUUAACUUGCUUCAUUUGAAUUGUUCCGUUCUGUUCGCGUCAGUCCUACUUACAUCGAGUUAAAUUCAGUCUCUCUCGCUGUUGUUCCGAUAUACAAUGGACAUAAAUCUUGAUACUGUGAAGUUUGUGAUUGCAAUUUGUGUUAUUACUUGUCAUCAAGACGUUGCGCGUUCUGCACCUACCGCGGGGGAAAUCCAGCACGACUUUCUCUUGUCCGUGAUCCACCUAAACGAUUUUCAUGCCAGAUUCGAACCAAUAAGUUACAAAACAUUAGAGAGUUGUAAUUCGAACGUUACAGAAUGUGUUGGAGGUUUUUCACGAACGUUCACACUAAUAGACACUCUUCGAAAGACAAGGCCUAACCCUAUUGUCCUUAAUGCCGGAGAUAACUUCCAAGGGACCAUUUGGUACAAUAUUUUCAAGUGGAAUGCUACAUUACAUUUCAUGAAUUUACUGCAUUUAAAUGCCAGCACUUUGGGGAAUCACGAAUUUGACGACGGAAUUGGUGGAAUUGUUCCGUAUAUGAAAGGUCUCAAUUCUCCUAUUAUAGUUUCAAACAUUGAUGAUAAAAAAGAAGCUGAGUUUCAAGGACUUUACAAUAAAAGUACUGUCCUUACUGUAGAUGGACGAAGAAUAGGAAUAAUAGGUGCCAUUGUUUCCACAACAAAGAAAAUAUCACAUCCAGGAAAUCUGAUAUUCCUCGGAGAAUCUGCUUCAGUCAACAGAGAAGCAGACCGACUGAUAGCUGAAGAAAACGUUGAUACCAUAAUCGUUUUAUCGCACUGUGGAUACGAUAUAGAUCAAGAAAUCGCCAAAAAUGCUACACAGAAAAUAAGCCUCAUAGUUGGUGGUCAUAGCCACUAUUUCCUGUAUACAGGAGACAAACCCCCUGGGCCAGAUAAACCUGUUGGAGAUUAUCCUACUGUAAUCAAUCACGAAGAUGGACGAAAGAUUCUUAUAGUCCAAGCAUCAUCCUUCAGUAAAUAUUUAGGAAAUUUAACUGUUUACUACAAUUCCAAUGGGAACGUAGUCGGAUGGGAUGGAGGACCGAUAUUUGUCGACAGUUCUUUCCCACAAGACGAAAAAAUUAAUAGAGAGUUAGACGAGUGGAAAUCAGCCUUGGACGUUUAUAAGACGCAAGUCGUUGGAAAUACGACGGUUUUAUUGGAUCUCAAUAAGUGUUGGUCAGGUGAAUGUAACAUAGGCAGCAUGAUUGCAGAUGCAAUGGUUUGGACGUACGAGCAGGAAUUUCCAGAAGCGAAUCAAUUAUCAAAAUAUGCUCCAAUUGGACUCAUCAACGCCGGUGGAAUUAGAAGCUCGAUCCAAAAAGGAAAUAUUACUUACGGAAAUUUGUUAACUGUGCAGCCAUAUUCUAAUACUUGGGAUCAUGGAUAUAUAGAAGGAAAAUAUAUCGUUUCAGCAAUUUCAAAAACUAUAGGGAAGCAGUUAAUGCAAGUUUCAGGUUUGAAAGCAGUUUACGACUUUAAAAAUCAAUCAGCCCAUUCCGUUAAAGUAAAGUGCCCAACCUGUCCUUCAGGAUACGAAGAUAUAAACCCAGAUCAACAAUAUCUGGUGAUCAUUAGUUCAUUUUUUGCUACUGGUGGUGAUAAUUUAGACGAAUUUGCACAGAAUUUAAAUAACCACACCGUUGGACCUGUUGACUCAGAAUCCUUAGUAAAAUAUGUAAGGAAACAUAGUCCGAUAACUCAAACUGUCGAUGGAAGAAUUGUGGCAGUAAAUAGAGUUCCCAAGGAAUGGGAUUUACAAAACGGUUCCGCUUCCGCUUUAUCUUCAACAUCUCAACCGAAUACUUUUAGAAGUACGUUGUAUGUCAUAUAUUGUUGUAUAUUUAUUUAUUUACAGUAUUAAUAGUUGUUAUUUUCGACAUUAUACAUUAAGUAAACGUUCUAUUUUUAA